AUGGCCUUCAACUUGACACCAUCCCGCCAUGGUCAACCGCGCGUCGUGGAUACAAUAUCGUUCAAGAACAGAUACACAUUCAAGGAAGUCAUUGGGAAGGGAGCAUUUGCAAUUGUGUACAAGGCAUAUGACACUGUUUCAAAGGAAAACAUUGCGGUGAAGCAGGUUGAGCUUCAAGACAAGGAGAGCAUGGAGUCGCUGACGAGUGAAAUCAACCUUUUGACUGUUCUCAACCACAAGAAUAUUGUGAAAUAUAUGGGGUUUGAUCGAACACAUACCACUUUGAAUAUUUUGCUUGAGUUUUGUUCGGGUGGGUCUUUGAGGGACAUGUACAUACGACGUGGAUGUGGACUGGAUGAAGCCGAAAUACUGCGUUAUACGAGGGAAAUGCUGGAAGGAUUACAAUAUCUCCACCACCAAGGAAUUGUGCAUAGAGAUGUGAAGGCUGCCAAUGUGUUGCUUCAUAAAAGUGGUUCUAUCAAGCUGGCUGACUUCGGAGUUUCUUCACGCGUGGAGCACCUUGCAGACUCCAAAACCAGCGGAUCGCCUUAUUGGAUGGCCCCCGAAAUAAUUAGACUUCAAGGCGCUUCUACUGCAUCUGACAUCUGGUCUGUGGGGGCCACUGUGGUAGAGCUGGCCACUACGGUUCCUCCGUUUGGGGAACGACCAGCUUUGGCAGCGUGUCAUGCUAUUGUGACGGAGGAUGUUCCUCCAAUUCCAGAUUCUCUAAGCAAUUAUGGCCGGGAUUUUGUUCUGCAGUGCUUUCAGAAAACACCGCAGCUUAGAUACUCCGCUAAACGUUUGCUUAAGCAUAAUUGGUUUCGAGAAUCCAAAUCAAAGGGAUCUACUGCAGUCCUCCACAAAACUGUAAAGCCCAAUUUGAGGUUUUCAGACUUUGCAGAAUCGGAUGAAGAAUGGGAUAAAGACUUCGAGGGGUUGCUUGAUAACAAAGCUUUCGCAUUGAAAAUGGCAUCUAAGGGUGACAAACAGAAGCAAGCUCCCGUCAACGAUGAAAACAUUGGCAUUAACCAUCCAAAUGAUAGGGACCAUCUUAUAGGAAACUCUUCUCCCUACAAAGACCACGAUGAGGAUCAAGAAGAUGGUUUUGUGGGCAUUUUGGAUGUGUCGAAAUUGAAGAUAACACAGAAAAUGGAUAUGGCACGUUAUCCUCAACAGGAUAACUUUGCAUCAGCUUCUCAGAACUCCGAAUUUGUCGAUGUGGACACAGGUGUCUCAGCCAAAGUAGGAGAGUCUCAAGACGAUCCUUUCAGUAGUUUUGACAGGGAAAUAUCCGAGCCAGAGGUAUCACCAACGAAUAUAGAGGUCCAGAGACAAUUAAGAAAGAUCAUGAUCGGUGACAAGAGUAUAGCCAAGAGGAUCCGCAAACUUCACCACCUCAUAGAGAAGAGUCUUCAAGAGGCUAUGAAGGGUAUUCUCCAAUCUCCCAUGGCCAUUAUUCACCUGAGAGCCAUUUUGGAAUACCCUGAAACGCAGAUCUCGCCGUCCACGAGAUUGCAUUUGGUUUACGUUCUGGUAGCCGUGUUUCAGCAAAAUCAGGACGAGCUGAAAAAGUUUUGCCUCGUUGGAGGUCUGCCUGUGAUGUUCUCCUUAUAUCCAAAUAGGGCUUUCACGGGCCUCGUUGUGACGUUUGGAAAACUCUUAGUUGGUCACUCAGAUCUGCUGAAGAUGUUGGUAUCAAGCAAUUGUCUGACGUAUAUAACACGGUUUUUUGAGGAGGACAUUUCAUCGCCGCCUCAAGGCCCACUUGUCUGCAUCGACUUAAUUCUUGAAUUGCUGGAGUCUGAAUAUCACUAUGUACGGGAUUAUGUUGCCAAUUGUGUGUCAGCUUCGAGCAUUCCGUCUUUUUUCGCUGUCUACCUGGAGUUCUUGGACGCCAAGGGCAACACAGAGUAUGUGGGAAAGCUCAUAAAAAUGUUUUCAUCACUUAUUCAGGUAAACCACCAAGCAAAAGAAGCUCUUGCGGAUGAGGAAGUGUUCACUGGAAUUAUAUGGAACGUCCACAAACUCUCCACGGAUGAUCAAACUAAGGUAAUACGUCUGCUGAAUGCAUACUCGACCAGCCCAACAGCCCAGCUGAAGAUGAAAUCUUCUCCACAAUGUUCAAACAUGCUAGUGAAACUUCUGGAGACAUUUGGAGAUGGCCACACAGGUGCUGUCUAUUCGUUAUUGCAAUUGCUAUACAAUUACUGUCAUGCAGAUGCUGACGCGAUAGAGGAUCUACUGCGUGGUGGGAUUACCAAAGGAUUGCAGAAAGUUCUGAAACAGGACAGCGUGCCUUGCAAGGAAAGCACUAUUCCACUGGUGUGCGAGAUCAUCAGUACUUCAUCUUUGGCCAGACAAGAAUUCAUCAAAACCGGACUGUACGUUCAAGUAUUCGCUAUUCUCAUAGAUCCAAUCUACCAAAUCAACGUGCUUGACGCCCUAGUGAUCUGGAUAGCGGAUACGGGCGUCUCCAGCGCAAUUGAAUCUCGUUUGGUACAGGAAAUAUACUAUUUAGUGGAGGGUUUGGAGCUGCCAUUCAUCUCUAACUAUGACAUAAACCUGGAGAAGGUGCUGACUCUGUUGUCCUACAAAGACAUAAAUGUGACUCUGUUCCGUACACAAUUGACUCGUCACUGGUUCGCGAUGUUCCGGGAAGCCAAACCCGCAGUCCAAAUCGCACUCCUCAAGUGCCUCAGGGCGCUAAUAUUGGCCCAAUUGGGCGAGCCCAGAGAUGAGCUGUUGGUGAAAGAAUUUAAGAUUGAAUGGAACAAGUUGAAAGGCUACACACACGAUUCUGUGAUUGUGUCACAAAUAAUACAAAGCGUAGCAAUAUGA